AUGUCCAACAAGGAGAAGUUACAGUACUUAAAAGACUUUCACAAGGACAUUCUUAAACCGUCCCCAGGAAAGAGCCCGGGGACCCGGCCAGAGGAUGAAGCUGACGGGAAGCCACCCCAGAGGGAGAAGUGGGCCAGCAAGAUCGACUUUGUGCUGUCCGUAGCUGGUGGCUUCAUCGGCCUUGGGAACGUCUGGCGAUUCCCGUACCUCUGCUACAAGAACGGCGGAGGUGCUUUUCUCAUCCCAUAUUUCAUCUUUCUGUUUGGGGGCGGUUUACCUGUGUUCUUCCUGGAGGUGGUUUUGGGGCAGUUCACAUCUGAAGGUGGUAUCACCUGCUGGGAGAAGAUCUGCCCCAUCUUUACCGGCAUCGGCUACGCCUCCAUCGUCAUUGUGUCCCUCCUGAACAUCUACUACAUCGUCAUCCUGGCCUGGGGUGUCUAUUACUUAUUCCAGUCCUUCCAGGGCCAGCUGCCGUGGGCUCUGUGCCACCAGCCGUGGAACACUGAGAACUGUGUGGAGGACACUUCCCGGAAGAACCGGACGAUAUGGCUGGCGCUGAACUCCAGCAACUUCACCUCUCCCGUCACAGAAUUCUGGGAGCGCAAAGUUCUUACCUUAUCAAAGGGAAUAGAUGACGUUGGGGUGGUGAAGUGGGACCUGGCAUUGUGUUUGCUCCUCACCUGGGUCAUCUGCUUCUUCUGCAUCUGGAAGGGCGUCCGUUCUACGGGCAAGGUGGUGUAUUUCACAGCCACCUUCCCAUUCAUCAUGCUGCUCGUGCUACUGAUCCGUGGGGUCACCUUACCCGGAGCCACAGAAGGGAUCAAAUUCUACCUGUACCCGGACAUGACCCGACUGGGCGAUCCACAGGUUUGGAUUGACGCUGGCACCCAGAUCUUCUUCUCCUAUGCCAUCUGCCUAGGAGCCAUGACGUCCUUGGGGAGCUACAACAAGUACAAGUACAACUGCUAUAGGGACUGUAUGCUGCUGGGAUGCCUCAACAGUGGUACCAGUUUUGUGUCUGGCUUCGCAAUUUUUUCCGUCCUGGGCUUCAUGGCACAAGAGCAAGGGGUGGACAUUGCAGAUGUGGCAGAGUCAGGUCCUGGCCUCGCAUUCAUCGCCUACCCCAAAGCCGUGUCUAUGAUGCCCCUGCCCUCCUUCUGGGCAAUUCUCUUCUUCAUAAUGCUUGUGCUGCUUGGAUUAGAUAGCCAGUUUGUUGAAGUCGAAGGACAGAUCACCUCAUUGGUUGAUCUAUACCCGUCCUUCCUACGGAAGGGUUACCGGCGAGAGAUCUUCAUCGCUAUUGUGUGUUUCCUCAGCUAUCUUCUGGGGUUGACUAUGGUCACAGAAGGCGGCAUGUAUGUAUUCCAGCUCUUUGACUACUACGCAGCUAGUGGUGUUUGCCUCCUGUGGGUUGCAUUCUUUGAAUGUAUUGCUGUAGCCUGGAUAUAUGGCGCUGAUAAAAUGUAUGAAAACAUUGAGGAUAUGAUCGGGUACAAGCCAGGCCCAUGGAUGAAGUGGAGCUGGUGUUUUAUCACGCCUGUGCUGUGUGUGGGUUGUUUUAUCUUCUCUCUAGCCAAAUACACCCCACUCACCUACAAUAAGUAUUACACAUACCCAGACUGGGCGAUCGGCUUGGGUUGGGUUCUGGCUCUGUCCUCAAUGAUCUGUAUCCCGCUGGUCGUGGUGUAUCGAAUUCUGCGCUCUGAAGGAGGGCUUAUCGAGAGGAUCAAAUCUGUCACAGCUCCCAGAGAGCUAGAGCGCUGGGCCAAGGAAGGAGAAGGCUCCACCCCCUUCUGUCCCAAUGGCGGCCACAUGAAACCAACUCACGUCAUUGUCGAGACCAUGAUGUGA